GCAUUUAGUAGGAGUUAAAAUUAAUCAGUAAAGGAAAAUAAAAAAUUAAUUUAGGUAAUUAAAAGCAAAAGUAAUAAAAAAGAAAUUCAUUUUAUAUCCUCUAAUAACUACUUCCUCGAUUCCAUAAUACCCGCUACAUUUCUAUUUUUGGCAAUUUUCAUAUUACUUGCUACAUUUCCGUUUUUAAUAAUAAAACAAUUAUUUAAAGUUCUACCUACUCUUAUUUUUAUCCUACUCUAUACUUUAUACUUUAUAAUAAAAUACUAUACUAUACUCUAUAAAGUAACCUAACAACCUAUUUUUCCUUUUUCUUUUUCAAUUAACAAUAAUAAAAGAUCAUACUCUAUAAAGUAAACAAUCAGAUAUUGUGUAGGUCAAUCACUUUUUUUAAUUCGCGUGCCUAUACAAAUGUAACAAGUAAAACGAAAUGGAAGAAGUAUAAAAUUAAAAUACAUGGAAAAGCAAAAUACUGUUCAUCAUCAAUAGUUGUUUUGUUUAGCUGCCUUCCAUGUCAUAGGCUCAUUGCCACAUACAUGCCAACACAUGUCAUGCUUAACCUGAUUAUACAUCUCAGUCUUCAUUAAACCUGGUUAAUACCCAAAUGAAGUCAGACAUUCGCUGGUUAAUACCCAAGUGAAGGUUUUCUCAUUAAUGAAGUUGCUCAUUGAACGGCUCCCUGUUUUCUGGGCGGCUAUCCACACCCAUCCAUCCAUCUGUCUUCAUUAACUUUUUCCACCGAUUUCAGAUGGCAGCCCUAUAUUAAUACACCAACUACACCAAUAUUCUUUGUUCUACAUUCAAUUGCUUGUUUCUGAGCUCCAACUCAAAGGUACAUUGUUCUACAUUCAAUUGCUUUCUACCUGAUUGCUUUUCUGUGGCCUAAUGCAUUUUUUUUCACUUUCUAUGUAAUGCAGUUUCAGUUUAAUGGAAACUUGCAUUAAAUGAAUCUAUAGACAUUUUGUUUAUUAAUGGAGUUUCAGAUGCUUGCUUUUUUUGCAUUUAAUUUAAUGAAUUGGAGAAUUUAUUCAUCGGAGAUGCAUAUUGAAUGGCCAUUUGUGGAAUCAGACAAUAAAAAAGAAUAAAAGUAAAACUUUCAAAAUCAUAAAAAAAAAAUCUGCCACACCAUUUUCUGGAACAAUCUUCAUCUUCCUUGCCAUUUUCGAACUCUCUGGAGUCUACAAACUACUCCUUCGUGCUAUAAAUCCCCUUUCACUAGCAAAUUUCUUGUUCAUCCAAAAAACAUAAUUGCAACAAUCCAAAACUUUAAUUUCAAAUACUAGAUUUCUACUACUCUCUUUUGAUUUCGAUUACUUAGCGAAUUCAUAAAUGGAGGACGAUUUUGAGUUUCCUACCAGCUCAGGAGCUGUUGAAGAAGAUAUGGAUAUGGAAAUGGAGAAUGAUGAUGAUGUGGUAGAUAAAAUUCCGGCGUUAAAGGUUGGUGAAGAGAAGGAGAUCGCUGAGAUGGGAAUGAAGAAGAAGCUUAUUGUUGAAGGUGAAGGUUGGGAGAAGCCUUCUAUCGGCGAUGAAGUUGAAGUUCAUUACGUGGGAACACUGCUGGAUGAGACUCAAUUUGAUUUGAGCCGAGACAGGGGAACUCCUUUCAAAUUCAAGCUCGGUCAAGAUUUUGAGAGCGAGAUUUUGUAAUGUGCCAACUGGAGCAGCUGAAGGGAAGAUUUACUUGGCAUAUGUUGUAAUGAGAAGUGAUUUCUACAACCCACUUGAAGGAGAUUAGGGUUAUUUCUAAAUGUUGUGAUUGUUUUGACUCUAGUUUGUUGGAAUGAAGGCGUUAGCAUUAUGUAUGUGUGAGAUUAUUUCACGGUUUCUUGUGUUGGCAUGUGUUGCUUAGGAUAUGGGUUUCAAGUUUGUUUUUUUUUUUAAAAGCGAUUAAUUUAUUGCUUUUCUAUGAAACAAAAACAACGCAAAUUAUUAUUAUUAUUAAAUUAAUUGUGUAAUUCGGGGGACCGCAUGCAUAGCACGCGGCCCUAUAACUAGUUAACGUAAAUAGCACG